UUUAUUUUCAGUCUUUUAUUUUACUCGGUUGAAAAUCACGUUAUUAAACAUUUGUUGAUAAUUCAGUGCCACUGUUUGAUACCAUGUUUCUGUUUGAUUAAUUUUAGUUUAUAAGGUGAAUUAAAUAAGUUUUAGUGUGAAUGUGCGGGUCUGUGCGGGUCUGUGCUCUCACAUGUCCUUCAGUCCGCAGGAAGGAUUCUCACAUCACAUCGAGCUCAGAAUCUGAACGAUGGCGGUCCAGGUGUCCGAGUCCGACCAGAUCAAACAGUUUAAGGAGUUUCUGGGGACGUACAACAAGGUGACGGAGAACUGCUUCAUGGACUGCGUCAAAGAUUUCACCACCAGAGAGGUGAAGCCGGAGGAGUCGAGCUGCUCCGAGUCGUGUCUCCAGAAGUACCUAAAGAUGACUCAGCGGAUCUCGAUGCGUUUCCAGGAGUAUCACAUCCAGCAGAACGAGGCUCUGGCUGCUAAAGCUGGACUGCUGGGACAGCCUCGCUGAGGUGGACUGAACUGGACUGAAACCAGGACCCAGUAGACUGAUCCCAGUCCAACAGACUGAUCCCAGUCCAGCAGGUCCACCAUGUUGGAUCAAUACAGACUGUUGAUGCUGGAGGAUCAGGCGAGUCACUGACGUCUUUCACUCGUGUAUAAAACUGUGUAAUUGUCCUUUAAAUGUGUUUAUGUUGAAAUAAAGUUUUUAUUUAACGUGAA